GAGUGGAAAGCUGCUGGAUGGCAUGCCUGCCUCAGCGCGCCUGACGACAAUGGUGUCUCCAGAGUUGCCUUGCUUAGCCGCCUUCCCUUCAAGGUUGUCCAACUGUGUCGCGAGGAGGGCUUGGGUCGCCAAGCCGCGGCAUUGGUUGAUGUGGCCACUCCGCAAGGUACUGAUACUCUGCUUUGUGUUGCUGCCUAUUUCCAGUGUAGGCAGAAGGCAGUUGCUGAGGCUCAGUUCCAUGAUGUGAUUACGGAAGCUGACUACUCCGGUCGAAGCACGCUCAUCUUUGGUGACUUUAAUCUCACUCAGCAGAAGGGUCUGGUUGCCGAGGUGGUGCAAAGUGGCCUAGCCUUUGCCUGCGACGAUGCUGCAAGAGGUGAGGAACUGCCGUGCACUGGUCCGGUGUAUGAUGGCAGUCGUCGCAGACGCAUUGAUUAUGGCUUAACCCUGAAUGGUCUUGUUGCCACUGAGGUAAUGCGUGUCCCGGAAGCCGAGGUUGACUUCCACUUUUCUGCGGAAGUCGAGGCACACUUUCAUGAGCUGUUGCAACAAGGGGUUGAUGCUGCCUGGGCCUUUGCUUCUGAUUGGGCUGAGCGGCUGUUGUUUGAGGAGCCCAGGGACGACCAGGUCCCCCGUAGUGAGUUGUGGAGCCCUACACGUCCCCGUCGUCGGCGAGACAACGACAGGGACCUUGACCAGUCACCUGGACUGCGGGCUCUUCGUCGCCUGUUGCGUAAACUGCAACUCUGUGUGAAUCGCCCUUGGGAUGUCCCGUUGCAGCGUGCUUGUGUUGCAUCCUGCAUCGCUACACGGUCCUUGGUUCCUGAGUUGCCCAGGCUUGAGUGUGGCAGUGCGGCUGCGGUGCAGCAGGUCGAAGGCCUGGUUGCUGAGGUUGCCAAACGUGAAAAGAAGCUUCAUCUCAGCCGAUGGAAGGAGCGCAUGCAGUUUGAUGUUGGCAAGGUUAGGGCGUAUGUCAAACGCAAGGCGGAUGAGCAACUCGCUUUUGAGAAGGAGCCCCCAGCUCUGGCUGACACUACUGGUGGCUGGCACCCAGCUGUUGCCGUGCAUGAGCAGGUUGACCGUGUGCUCCGGGCCGUGCCGCGCCCACCUGAAGUGCCCGUGUCCUUUGCUGUGGGUGCGGAGGAGCUUCGUUGCGCAACCUUGGCAAUGAAAAACAAAGCGGCCGGGGCUGAUGACUGGCUCCCCUGUGACAUGGCGGCGUUGCCGCGCGCCUGGUUUAACUGGGCUGCCCUCAUCUGGGAUCGCAUUCUUGCUCAGGGAGCGAGGGUCAUACAGGCCCAGCUGAAGCCGUGGGUGCAAAGUUGGUGCGAUCACCGCUCCGCCGGGGGCAUUGCGGGCACCUCGGUGCAGCAGGCGCUGAUGCAGAUACGCAAGGCCAUGGCGGAUGAGGUUGCUGAAGACCUUGAGGUGUUGGGAGUCCGUGCCACUUUCCAGGGCCCGUGGUCGCUGCUGCGCUUCCAGGUUCGAAAGGUUAUCCUGAGGGCGCGACUCCUCGGCUGGGUCACCGCAAAUCGCAAGAUUCAAAAACACCUGAUCCUGUCGUUGGUGGUGCCUCCCUUCUCAUGGGCUGCGGGUUUUGCAAGGCCAGAUGCGAAGGCCUUGAAGGAGAUCCGUACCGAGAUCACUCAGGCCUUCCAAAAAUGUUUCUCUCGUGAUUUUGCCAGGGUCUGUUUCUUCGAGGCCCUUGAUUGGCAGCUUCGUCCUGAGUUUGCAUGUGACCUUGUGGCCCUACGGGUGCUAUGGAAGGCCAGCAUUCAGGUCCCUGGAUGGCUGGACUUCCUGCCAAUUCGGGAGGCCCGCUUCAGGUGGCAAGUCCUCAUCCCUGAGGCCCCGGUGUGA